AUGGAGAUUUCCUUGAGCACCAAGAACAAACUUGGUUUUCUUAAUGGUGAUAUCGAGGAGCCGUCCUCCUCCAAGGAUCUUGAUACUCAUGCUACUUGGCACUACUGCAACGACAUGAUUCUUUCUUGGCUCCUUCAUUCUUUGGAGCCUGAUCUUGUCGAGUCCGUCAUCUUUUCCACCACUGCCAAAGCCGUAUGGGACGAUUUUCGCAAACAGUUCUCCCAAAGCAACGACCCCCGUAUCAUCCAACUCAAUCGUGAACUCGCCACCAUCUCCUCAGGUACUUCAUCCCUCUCCGCCUAUUUCACUCGCCUCAAAGGCCUUUAG